UGCAGAGACCCAAGCUAGCCUGUCGCCUGUCGGACUAGAAGCACGCCGAGCGGGAGGAUGAAGGUGGAGGAGACCGUACAGAUUCUCAAGUUCUUCUUGAUGGUCUUCAACGGCGUCUUUCUGAUCAUUGGACUCGCUGUGUUUGGGUGUGGAAUAUGGAUUCUGUUUGACAGCAGCAGUUUUGUGGUGACCAUUAGUGACGGCCGAAUGAGGCUGGUCGCCGGGGGGCUUUUCGUGAUCGGUCUGGUAGUGUUUGGUGUCAGCAUCCUGGGAUACAUAGCCACAUGUAAUGAAAUACGAUUUCUCACCAUUUUGUAUAUGGGCCUUUUGUUAGUGAUAUUCGUUGCCCAGCUUUUCGUCACGUUCGUAUUGCUCUUGGCACGAGAUGAGGUUCAGGGCGUGGUGGUGAAGGAGGUGGAUGGGGUCAUAGAGACCUACGGCAUGGAAAACACAACCAACAAUCUCUGGGACGUCCUCGACUCUGUACAGCGCCAUAGCAAGUGCUGUGGAAGAAGGAACUACACUCAGUGGGAGAACAACACGUUUAUUAAAUCACUUCCUGACAGUGAAAACGUGUAUCCCUGCUCCUGUUUCAAAUCCGGCUGCCCACGUCUCAACAGCGACCCCGCACAAAGAUUUGGCAACGGGUCAGCUAUCUACACACAGGGCUGCGGGGAGCUCAUCGAGGCCUGGAUUCGAGAGAACGGCUACGCAAUACUGGGCAUGGACGCCGGCCUGGUGCUCAUUCAGGUCAUCCAGUUUGUUCUCAGCUUGUAUUUUUUCUGGAAUAUAAAGAGAAAAGCCAAACAAAGGGAACUGCUCCAGGACCAAGGAUACCUAUCAGCCAGCAACAGUGCAUACACCCACCUGGACUGAUGAAGACCUGCGUGUCACCUAUUAUUAGUCUUAGUAUUAUUAUUACUACAUUACUUAUUCAUAUUUUAAAUGCACAAAAUAUGGACAUCAUUAUAAAGAAUGUUAUUAUGUAGAACACAACUACAAACUGUUUAUUUUUCUUUCGCAGUAGUGUGGAUUAGGUUACUGGGAAAGGUAUGGCUUAGCGUCUUAGUGCCUGUGUGAAUUAUAUUUAAGUACUAGUCUUUGAAUUAUUUGUAUCUGUCUUACAUUACUUGAUUGAUUUCCUGUUCAGUUUUUGUUCAGAGCUGUGAUGACAUGGGAAAACACCAUUCAGACAGACUGGAAGGAAAUAAACCAAAAUAAAUAUCUCAGUGUUAUCUACA